AUGGCCAGCCACCUGUUGAAUAACUCCUUGCUCUCCGGGCUGACCAACUACCCCAUUUCAGGGUUCGCCAACGGGGGGCAUAUUGAAAGUUUUUCAAGGAAAGUUUUUGUGGGUGGUCUACCGCCGGAUAGCGAUGAAAAUGAUAUAACGGCAUCGUUCAGACAAUUCGGACCGUUAAUCGUUGACUGGCCGCACAAAGCCGAAACAAAAACGAGUUUCCCGCCAAAAGGGUACUGCUUCUUGCUAUUCCAAGACGAGAUGUCGGUGCAGAAGUUAAUGGAGGCCUGCCAAGAGGACGACGGCAAGUUUUACUGGUGCAUCCCUAGUACCUCCACUAAAGAUAAACCCGUGCAGAUCAGACCGUGGUCACUGAUAGAUUCUGACUUCUUGAUGGACGCCUCACAGCCACUGGAUCUCAGAAAAACUGUCUUUGUAGGUGGCGUUCCUAGACCAUUAAAAGCUGCUGAACUCGCCAUAGCAAUGGACCAACUUUACGGAAACGUCUGUUACGCUGGCAUCGACACCGACCCAGAACUGAAAUAUCCGAAGGGGGCCGGGAGGGUUUCCUUCAGCACCCAGCAAAGUUACAUUUCUGCCAUCAGUGCACGUUUUGUACAACUGCAAUUCGGGGAUAUUGAUAAGAGGGUCGAGGUCAAACCCUACGUACUGGACGACCAGCUCUGCGACGAAUGUCAAGGUCAAAAAAGCGCCGGUAAGUCCGCCCCAUACUAUUGCGCUAACGUGGCCUGUCUACAGUACUACUGCGAAAAUUGCUGGGUCCAAAUUCACUCGAGGCCCGGCAGGGAAUUCCACAAGCCCCUCGUCAAAGAAGGAGCCGACAGACCCAAAAGCAUACCUCCGUUUAAAUGGUGA